CGCACGGUGGGAACAAAUCCGCUGACAAUUGCAGCUCCUUCAUCCAAACCGGGAGAUGAGUUUGUGUUGGAUAUGGCUACCAGCGCUGUCGCACUAGGCAAGGUAAGCACUCUAUAUGAUAUCGCGUGGCUUCUGUAUCUCGGAGAUCCAGCUGAGUCUUGGCUUGAAAUGUGCCGCCGAAGAAACCUGCCUAUUCCGGAUGGAUGGGGUGCGGAUAAAGAAGGUCGACGGAAGCUACUUUUCCGAUUUCACAAUUGGCAUCUUCCCGUGUUUCCUGACCUAGGUGGAUACAAAGGAUACGGUUUGGGCAUGGUUGUGGAAUUAUUCUGUGGUAUCCUGGCUAAUGCGGCUUAUGGACCGAGUAUUCGUCGAUGGAUGAACACCGAUCGUGUGGCCAAUCUGGGUCAAUCGUUCGUUGCCAUUGACCCCAAUGCGUUCGCUCCCGGAUUUGGUGAUCGAAUGGCGGACUAUAUGAACAUUAUGCGAAAUCUUCCACGGGUGAAUGAAGAAGAACCGGUGUUGAUUCCGGGUGACCCCGAACGUGCCCACAUGACCGAGUGCGAAAAGAUUGGUGGUAUCCGUUAUCCACUAGUACUCAUUGAAAGUAUUAACCAACUGGCCGAUCGAUUACAAGUUCCCAGAGUCCCCAUCUUCAAACAGUUGUGA